UAUACCUGAUUGGCAAAACUGUUACAGGAAUAUAUGUUCAUGUAUAAUGUCAAACAAUUGGCCCAAAGAAUGGAUUUCAGUUGUUUUAUCAAGGUUUGAUCGAUUGCUUGAGUUAUCGGUGACCCAGAACACUUCUCUCACCUCGACCAUAGACAACCACAAAGCUUGUCUCAUCAAUAUAAGCCAAAGUAAAUGCUUGGCUGUCAUCAGAGGGUUGACCAGCAGUUUGAAGAAACUAUCAAAUAUCAGAAUCUAUGGAGAGAGACAAGAAUAUAAUCUUUACAACGCUCAAGUUGUUGUCUUGGAUUUGCUGGGGAAGUGUAUUGCAGUGAAGGAUCUUACAUUGGCUGGAGAUUCAGUGUUGAUGAGGUUGUUACUAUGUGAGUUCUUACACCAAUCCACCCCCGACAACCCAGCGUUAUCCCAACUUCAAUCAUCAGCAUCUCAUGUCUUGUAUCGCAUCAGUCGAAAUAAUUUCACUGUUGUCUUCGCAAGGAUAAGCUCAAGAUUGCAAGAGUUAACGCUGAGUAAUGAUGAGUUGGCAGAUUUGAGCGAUUUAUUUCUGAUUCAGCAUAUUUACCUCGAUCUUGAAAGAAUAAGCAAAAUAUUAGAAGAUGUUGCGAAAUGUUUCAAGUUAUUGCGACGACCGUUUCAGAACGCAUUGCUUAGUAUUUUGGACAAGGCAUUAUGUGACUGGUUGAGCUCUUUUCCAUUAGAUUUGAAUUUAUUGUACAAACCACAUGGUAGUGCUGGGGAAGCAUCUGCGGAACAGGUUGAAGAACAAAGGAAAAUGAACGCAACAUUAUCGUUCAACGCUGAGAUGUUGUUUCACAUGGUGGAUAAUUUCUCUGAAGGAAUUAAAAAGAAAUCUGUCCCAUAUUGGCCACUCCAGACUUCCCUGCUUAUCCUUUGCCCAGAACUUUUGAAACAGAUGGCUAAUAAUCCAGAUGAAGUCAAAAACACAAAGUUGGAAUUACUCCCCCACAUAAAGAAGUCGCUGUCCAACCCCACCUCCCGUCACCUCCACGAGUGUUGCAUCACAGCUAUUAUUCGCUUGUUUAAAGCAGCCACCUCUAUAUCGCCACCUAGUGAGGGGGAAGAUGGAUCACUGCAGAAGAUCGUGCGUGAACUGUUGCCUCUUGUUCAGUCGUUUUUGUUCGAAAAUGGAUCGAAAUUUGCGAAGGUUUGUUGCCGUGAUCUUCUAAUUGAUUGUUUUAUUUGUUCGUAUCGAUUGGAGCCUACGAAACAUAACCUGGCAAAGUUUUGUGCGUCAUCCGUGUCCAGUAUUCUCCAUAAGAUGGUGUGGAUGAACGCUCUGCUGUGCAUUUCAUCACAGCCCACCCACCCAUGGUGGCCAUGCAUGGAUGGGAUGUUGGUAUACGGACCCGAUGUUAGGAAAAUAUUCUAUGAUUGUUCAGCUAAAACACAAACAUUAUACCAGACCUCACCCAAGAAUGCACAGACACUUCGUGAAAAGAUGAACGUGAGUUUGAAACGCUCACAAGAUGAUUCACCAUCAUGUAAGGAUUUACUUCACGUGAUAUUACAACUUGUUCAUCAGAAUCCUUCCUUCAUUCUGCAUAACAUGGGUGGUUCCCCUCAACAGAUACACCAGAACCUAUCCGAGUUCUUCAAUACAUUGGUUUCACUCAUUGACUUGAAGAACACCCCAAACAUCCCAUGUUCGCUGGCAAGUCUUGAAGCAUUGGUGAGGUUGAACGAACCACAGUGUGUGGUGGGAUGGAAUCCAGAGUAUAUGAUGGUCACUUACUGGGAGAUUAGCUCGAAUGUGAUUCUAACGAUAUGUGAAAAAGUGCUGACUCAGCAAAUGAUGAUGUCACCUGACAUGCUCUCCCAUGCCAUCAAGUGGUUGAACAAGAUGCUUGCGUACAGGAUCGAGUUUCUCGUACAAAACCAUGACAAACCUGGUGUUAAUAAUAAAGCUGAUGUGGUGAAGAGGGCACAGUUGAAAACUGAGCUUGUGUUGUUGGAACAACUAUGGAAUUCCAACCCAGAGAUUGUGUUGAUUGCUCUUAAUUGCUUCCAUUGUCUUAAUGAAGAAAACGAGAUUAAGUGGUCAUUGAAUGAGUUCACAAUGGCUCGAUUGUUCCCCGACAAUCAUGAGGUAUACCACCACUUAUCCUCAUGUGAUGUAUGUGAAGAUGGAAUCCAAAUUAAAGUCGCCAAGAAAUUGAGACUCGUUAAUAAGUUUACCAGGGCUUGUUUGGAGGCAUGGGAAGAUACGCAAAGGAAAUGGGAAAUCCGAACAAACCAACUCCGGUCUAAGAAAGAUGAAAACAAUGUUGAAGUAUCAAUAGUUGGGAAGUCAAUGACCAGGAAAACAUUGUUUAAUAGGCAAGACUUGGUUGAAUGGACGAACGUUACACGAUACCUAUGUUCGCUUGGUGGGGUGUGCGUCAAGUAUGUGGAACCACCCCCCACCAACCAACAAUGCCUCGGCACCCAACGUACCAGUGUAAGUUCAACCCAAUCAAGUUGCCCCACACCCUCAGCUCUUGUGAUGUCACAAGAAACAGCUAUGGAGAAAAUUCCAGAGCGAAGCACGUCGUCGUCCGUCAACCGCGCAAAUACCUUUAUCAGCUCUCUACUGACACUAGUGGCCAAUAACGGCAGCAAUUUUCAUGACAUUAGUGAAAUAACGAGAGAUUUGUUGAGCAGCUCACUUCAUCCAUCUUUGAUCCCAACUCUACUUCUUGAGAUCAAACUUUAUUUGAAGAAUAAUUUGUUUGAUGCAUCAGAUCAUGUCGUGGGUGGGACAAGUAACGACCAUUUUGUUGGUAAUGUUAUUUUUAUUAUUGAGCGAGUAUUUGGGGAGUGUUCUGAAGGUGACCGUAAUUAUUUAAGUGAGGGAAGCGUGGAAGUGAUGCUGCUGCAUGUUGUAAGAUAUGUACGACACAUGGGAAGCAGUGGACUUGCGUUUAAACUAAGGAUCAGGUUUUGCAGCAUGAUUUGUAAGGUAAUGGAAAGAAAAGACGAUUUAUUUUUCUUGUUUGAGAUAAAGUUUCGCAACAAACUAGUUGAGCACGUAACUGAUUGGUUGAUGUGUUCGGCCAUUCAAACUGUGGAUAUUGAUAAACAUGUGUUGAGGUGGGUGGUUUAUCAUUAUAUGUGUAUAUACACCCUUGCAUGUUAUGAGGGUAUACCUCCUUCAUAAUAUACAACUUUUUUUUGUCUCUUUAAUUACUUU